AUGAUAUCUCCCCAAGAACUCAAGAAUCCUGGUGAGUCUAUCUGUCUCACUCCACAGCAGAUUUCCCUGUUGGCCGAUGAACGCUACAAGGGAGUGGUUGUCCAAAAAGACCCGAAUGGGGCGGUUCUGUUAGAAGCUCACAAUUUGGGAAUGCUUAAUUCCACAGGUAGUACAACAAGUGUGUACGGGCAUUCAAAAUACAGAUAG